AUGGCCCUCUUCACGUCUAACGCCAACGUCGCCGCUACGACCUCGACUUCCCCGUCUACACGGCCCUCGCUCCCUCCUCUCCAUACGCUUAACCUCCCGCGUCCGGACGCAUCGCGCCGCGCCGCUUCGCCCGCCUCGAGCGCGAGCUCUCACGAAUCCUACGACUCUCCGAUGACCCCUUUUAACCCGUACCACCCUCGCCACCGGCACCGGAUGCCCUCGACUUCCUCGACCUCCUCCACACCCUCGCGCCUCGCCUCGCUCUCCCCGCCGCCCUACAUCUCGCACGCGCCCUCCACGACACGCGCCUCCUCAAAAUUGUCCUCUCCCUCUCCCUCAAGCAUCACCGGACCAGAAGCCCCCGAACGCAUCCUCCGCCUGCGCCCCGUCCGCACCCUCGCCGAAGCCGACGCCGCCAUCGUCAUCCCCGCGCCCGACACGCCCUUCAUCCCCUCCCUGCCUCCCGUCGACGUCCUCUCCUCCCCCUCAACCUCCCCUUCCUCCGCCUCUCCCACCUCCCUCAAGUCCGGCCCGACGCUCACCGCGCCCUCGUCCUCCAUCACCUCCAUCGCCCGCCGCACCUCCGUCUCCUCCUCCCCCACCAAACCGGGUGUUAGGAGCGGGACCGGGAAUGGGACCGGGAACGGUCAGGUCCUCCUCCUCGUGCGCGAAGGCAUGCGCCACCUCAAAGGCCCCGACCGGCGCCUCACCCACGGCGCGCGCGUGCACCCGUACCGGAUCGAGUGGGUCUCGCCCGACGCCUCUCCGGCGUCCAGGCGAGGAUCGAUGGCGUCGUAA